GCACCCCACUAUACCACACUAUAAACACUCGAACCGCUCGCUUCGCACCGCAGCCAUGAGCACUGCAAUUCCAGUACCGUCCAGUCCCUCCUUCGGGCCAUGCCAAAGUCUUGUUUUCAACCCGCUGCCCCUCGGUCACUACCAACAACACGAUCAGCGUCACAAGCAGCACCAAUCGUCGGCGGAGUCGAUGCACCACCAGCAAAAGAUCGCCGCGCGGCCGGCACUACAACACCAGUGCGCCUAUUGGGAUAAGACCCAAAAGACCAUUACGGCUCACCCGGAAGCACCACUGUGUGGGCAGCAUUGCUCAUCGGGGAUCGCCGAGUCUUGCACGCAAAAAGAAAACAAGGCAUCAUCGGGCGGCAAACGCGCACAGGAGCUGGUCCCGCCUCCAAGACUCGAGAUCAGGGGAAAAGACGUUGACGACAAGGCCCUCAUCUCACCAUUGAUGCUCUCUGAGAGCCCAAGGAGGGCGACGGCAGCGGGAGGGAUUGCUGGUGGUGGUCGUGGGUAAGGAACUGACUCAGGCCCGGGGGAAUAGACGGCAGACAGUCCGAAAAGCC